UAUCAUCUGCACCUGUUUCAGGUUACUUUCAACCCGGGCUUUGUCAGCAUUUGCCUUGUUUAUUUUGCCCGUCUGCUCUUUCUCUCUGUGGGUGAAUGAGUCUAUGACAGGGAGGGACGAUUGUUAAAAAAGGCGUGGAUUUUGAAACCAAGGGAACGAUGAAUAGAAAGGAGAUGUUGGACACUCUGUAUCAGUGGUUCUGGUGGGACAAACUGUGGCUGCCUGCUGAGCUGUCCUGGGCCGACUUGGAAGACAAGGACGGUCGAGUCUAUGCCAAAGCCUCACAUCUCUAUGUCACUGUCCCCUACGCCUUCAGCUUUUUACUGGUCAGAUACCUGUUUGAAAGGUGGAUAGCAACACCACUUGCAGUCUCUGCAGGAAUCAGACAUCGAGUCCAUCUGAAAGCAGAACACAACCCCAUCCUGGAGAACUACUACAGCACUCAUAGUAGAAAUCCACUUCAGGUUGAUAUUAAUGGCCUGUCUAAGAAAAGCAGUUUGCCUGUCAGGCAAAUUGAACGCUGGUUCAGGAGAAGACGGAGGCAGGACCACCCUGGAGUCCUAAAGAAAUUCAGAGAGGCCAGUUGGAGGUUUGUCUUUUACCUGUCUGCGUUUAUAGGAGGAAUCGCAGCACUUUAUGAUAAAGAGUGGCUGUAUGACUCUAGACAAGUAUGGUCAGGUUAUCCAAAGCAGUCCAUGCUGGAUUCUCAGUACUGGUAUUACAUCCUGGAGAUGAGCUUUUAUGGCUGUCUUCUCUGCAGCGUUGCUUUUGAUGUCAAGAGAAAGGACUUCAAGGAGCAGAUCAUCCACCAUUUGGCCACCCUGGUUCUUCUGUCAUUUUCCUGGUGUGCAAAUUUCAUCCGUGUAGGAACCCUGGUCAUGCUGGUCCAUGAUGCUUCUGAUAUUUUACUGGAGUCUGCCAAAUUAUUCAACUAUGCAAAAUGGGAGAAAACCAGCCAUGGUCUUUUUGUUGCGUUUGCCAUUGUGUUUAUGGUAACACGACUGAUCAUCUUUCCGUUUUGGUUGAUCCACUGUACCUGGGUCUACCCGGUUCAUCACUACCCAACCUUUUUUGGUUACUACUUCUUCAAUGUGAUGCUUCUGGUUCUUCUCUUCCUCCACAUAUUUUGGGCCUACCUCAUCUUCCGCAUGAUCAGGAAGUUUCUGUUUGGCACACUUACAAGAGAUGAGAGAAGUGACAAUGAGGAGGAGGAAGAACAAGAGAGCAGCUUAACAGAGGAUGGAGAUGUUCAACAACACAAGCCUUUCAAUGGACUGUCAAGAGAUGCAGCCAGUGAGAAGAAUGGAUGCUUCUGUUUGUCUCCGCCAGAGAAGACCUGUUUAUCAAGACUAUGUCAUGAACUGGCUCAGUGUAACCAGUAAACAUGGAGAUGUGACAAUAAGAGUAGAGCUGAUGGAAAAACAAAUCACAAUUGAUUGUAUGUUUGUCAUUUUUAUAGAUACUGAAGUAAAAUAAAAAAGCCUUACUUCUCAAGUGGCAUAAUGAGCAA